AUGACCACGUUAAGACCGUUCACUUGCGAUGAUCUGUUUAAAUUCAACAACAUUAACCUGGAUCCUCUGACAGAGACUUAUGGGAUCCCCUUCUACCUCCAGUACUUGGCUCACUGGCCGGAGUACUUCAUCGUCGCAGAGGCACCAGGAGGAGAACUCAUGGGCUAUAUAAUGGGGAAGGCGGAGGGCUCAGUGGCGAGGGAGGAGUGGCACGGUCAUGUGACUGCGCUCUCGGUGGCUCCAGAGUUCCGGAGGUUGGGGUUAGCGGCGCAGCUCAUGGACAUGUUAGAGGAGAUCUCUGAGAGAAAAGGCGGGUUCUUCGUGGACUUGUUUGUACGAGUGUCCAAUCAGGUGGCAGUAAACAUGUACAAGCGUCUGGGCUACAGCGUGUACCGCACUGUCAUCGAGUACUACUCUGCGAGCAACGGGGAACCAGACGAGGACGCAUAUGACAUGAGGAAAGCUCUGUCCAGAGACACAGACAAGAAGUCCAUUGUCCCACUGCCACAUCCUGUCCGACCAGAGGACAUCGAAUGA